UUUGGAGAUCGGCCCUUUUGGUGGGUUCAUGAAUCUGGAUACUAUAGUCAGACACCUGCCCAGGUUCACCAGUUUCCAGUAUCCUGUGAAACUGGACCAGGUAGUCCUUCAGGUCACUGCAUGAUCACAGGAGCUGCCCUCUGGCCCAUCAUGAUUGCCACCUCAGCCCAGAUUGCAAAACGAAGUCGAAGUCGCUGGAUGAAGCUAAUACCCAGCUUGGCCUACAGCACAUUCCUCUUGGCAGUUGGACUCUCUCGGAUCUUCAUCCUUGCACACUUUCCCCACCAGGUGCUAGGUGGCCUAAUAACUGGUGCUCUCCUGGGCUGGUGGAUGACUCCUCGGGUGCCUGUUGAUCGUCCUGUCAGCUUUUAUGGGUUGACAGCACUGGCACUUCUGAUGAGCACCAGCCUCAUAUACUGGAGCCUUGUCUCCCUGGGAAUAGACAUGACUUGGUCCAUUCACUUAGCCUCCAAGUGGUGUGAACGUCCAGAGUGGGUACACAUGGAAACUCGGCCUUUUGCUUCUCUGAGUCGGGAUUCUGGAGCAGCCUUGGGCCUGGGCAUUGCCUUGCACUCUCCCUUUUAUGCUCAGGUGAGGCGGAUACAGCUGGGAACCCUACAGCAGACUGCUUGCCUAUCAUUGGUCCUAGUGUUCUUGGGGCUCCUGGACUGGAUAGGCAACCCACCCCAGCUCAGCCUCUUCUACAUCUUUAACUUUAUCAAGUUUACCCUUUGGCCCUUCCUGGUCACUGCCCUGGUGCCUUGGCUGGUCUACUCCUUCAGUGGCCCAGAGGCCCCACUUACCAAAUCCAAGUGACCCUACCUUACCUUCUCCCAACCAACACUCCAAAUGACUUCUACCACCCAUCAAGGAGGCCUCACUCAUCACUGCAAGAGACCUCCCCUGUUUCCCUACAUCCCACCUCCCUGAAGCUGCCACUGUGACUGCUGCUUGCCUCUGCCCAAGACUUCUCUAAAGAAAUCACUUGAACUCAGCCUCAGAGAGGGGGUAUGUCUACCUGGAAGGAGCCCAGCCCUGUCAACCUUUCUCCUUUCCCACUUUGUCAAAAUCCUGCCCUUUUUUCCCUUUACCAAAACUUUGCCUUUUUUAAGAGCAUUGGAAAUAAAGAGGUGAGAGAACUUCUGGCACUGUGAGGGAACAAUCCAUAAAGUCUGAUAGCA